GCGGGAGACCUGAGCGACAGCGCGGGCGUGAGAAUGUCUCUGUACCGGAACUCAGCAUGGUUCCUCAAAGGACUCACCGAAUUCACCAAGGGGGCGUUUCUGUCGGCAUCUAAGAACUUUGUUGAGAAAGACCUGGAGGUGUCGAUGGCAGGCCGAUCCUUCAUGAUCACUGGAGCGAACAGUGGAAUCGGGAAAGCAACCGCCAUGGCCAUCGCCAAGAAAGGUGGUACAAUCCACAUGGUCUGCAGGAACAAGGACAAGGCAGAAGAAGCCAGAGCGGAGAUUGUCAAAGAGUCUGGAAACAAAGAAAUCUAUGUGCAUCUUUUGGAUCUGACCGAGACCAAAAAGGUGUGGGAGUUUGCGGAGUCCUUUAAGAAAAAAUACAAAACUCUCAACGUCCUGAUCAAUAACGCCGGCUGUAUGAUGACUAAGAGGGAGGUGAACGGAGAGGAUUUGGAGAAAAGCUUCGCCAGCAACUCUCUAGCCGUGUACAUCCUCAUCAAAAGCCUCAUUCCUCUGCUGGAGAAGAGCCCUGACCCCAGAGUGAUAACAGUCUCAUCCGGUGGGAUGCUGGUGCAGAAACUGCGAACCGGAAACCUGCAGUCUCAGAGGGGCAGAUAUGACGGCACUAUGGUGUACGCACAGAACAAGAGGCAGCAGGUGGUGAUGACGGAGCAAUUUGCUAAAGCUCAUCCCAACAUCCACUUCUCCGUAAUGCACCCCGGAUGGGUCGACACGCCAACCAUAGCGAACGCGAUGCCUGAUUUCCACAGCUCUAUGAAGGAGCGUUUGCGGACACCGGAGCAAGGGGCCGAUACGGUCGUGUGGCUCGCUGUGUCCGAGGCGGCCGUCAAGAGUGCCAGCGGGAGUUUUUUUCAGGAUCGGCAGAUGGUCUCGGCUCAUCUUCCCUUGGCCUGGACACACAGUUCACAGCUGGAAGAUCAGAAAUUCAUGAGCGUCAUGGAGGAUCUGGCCAAGGGCUUCCAGCCUCACUAAAUACACUCGCAUUUAACGACUGCAACACAAAUAAAUGUAGGACACUAACAUCGUUAACUGUUUAGACACAUUAUUCUCACUCGUAAAAGUAGUGUGAAUGUACUCACCAUAACUUUUAGCUGUAGAUUAAAAUGUCCUCCUGAGCUCUGAAAGACUGUUAUGCUCAAUAAAUGCUUAAAUACGUUUAAGUCUUUUACCACAGUGACUACUUCCUGUUUCUUCCUGUUCUGCUUCCUUGUACAUUUCAAUUCUCUCCUAUCAUUGGUCACGGCAGACGCAGGAUUCGUUCUUUUUCGACAGCUUGUUCUGAAACCAUGUGAUCAAUCUCAGCCAAUCGCAGUGCGUUCUCACUCUCACUGUGUGACUGUCGGUGACUCCAACGAAUCAGGUCAAUCGGGUGGGAACCCGCUCUGACCGGAGUCACCCCAGCUGUCAAUCACUCACUCACGGCCAAUCAUGUGGUGAAGCACAGGAAAGUGUGGGAAAGGACAUUUCCUGCUUUUGGGGGCCUUUGAUUGGACGUUUCUUUGGUUUGAGUGUGUCACCUGAUGUUCCAGAGAACGAGGAAGUGGUGUGUAGUUUUUUUUGUUUAUUUGUUCUGACAAUAAUGUAUGAUUACAUUCCUACAUAUAUAGGCUGUGUUAAUAACCAUUUAAUUAUGACAUGACUGUAAUUUCACACGUUUUCAACCAAUAUUAAUAAAUAUCUCUGAAGGUGUGACGGUGUAUGUGGGAAAUCAAAGCAAAUGCAUAUUAUUUUUUUCAUGUCUUUUCCAUCACUUUUAGGAGUUCAGGAGGAUUCACCCAAGAAACGUACAAAUAAAAAAUAAACAAUGCAUGCAAUUCAAAUGACUUGGAAAAACUAUACCUUGCAUGUGAGAUACAGCUUAGAACUUUAUUGUAAUAUUUCGUUCAAUCUCUGGGCAGAAACUACCAGUCAGCAUCAGGAAUUGUGUCAGUAUUCAUUUUAGCGGCAAGAGAUUUUCGUAUGAAAAAUACAGAUGUUUGAGCGUUCCAGCACAGAAGCUCAACUUUGUACACAUAGAGAGAAUAAUACUUAAGUACUACUGAAGUAAAGCAAGUCUUAGAAAAAAGAACAUAGAAAAACAGGUCUCAAAGUCAUUUAGAGUUAUUUACAGUUUUAGAGUUCGAGCAUUAGAAGCGUGAUGAAAUUUACAGUGAUUUCAAUGUCUGAAGAUAAAGAACACAAGUUUUUCAACUUUACAUGAUGGUUAAACUGAACUGUGAUCUCUGCAAAACGGUGUGACUCUGAAGUGUCAUUUUCAGUAAAAUCUGUUAAAGA